GACCCCCUUUGGCUCCGCUUUGGGUGGGGGAUCUGUUUAAAUCUGAACAAUCUGAAGGCGGUGCGUGUAUAUUGUUGCUGAACGAUUUUCCAAAGCCGGGACAGACUUUCAAAAGGUGGUCGAUAUAUUCCGUUGUUUGUAAACAUGGAUACUUCUGGGAAAACAAUAAAAUGCAAGGCUGCAGUCGUCUGGGAAGUAGGCAGACCACUUUCUAUCGAAGAGGUAGAAGUUGCCCCACCGAAGUCUCAUGAAGUUCGCAUUAAGAUAAUCGCCACAGGAAUAUGUGGGACAGAUGGGCAUGUUCUGACAGGUUCUUUCCCUAAAGUAAAGUAUCCUGUUAUCCCAGGUCAUGAAGGAGCUGGAAUUGUAGAGAGCAUUGGCGAGGGAGUGACAGGUGUGAAACCAGGUGAUAAAGUCAUCCCUCUUUGUCUUCCCCAGUGUGGCGAAUGUAGUUCAUGUUUAAAAGCUAACACCAACUGUUGCCUGAAGACCCACCUCUGUGAACCACAAAACCUGAUGCCAGACAAAACCAGCCGAUUCACCUGCAAAGGGAAGCAAAUUCAUCACUUCCUGUGGAUCAGCACUUUCUCUGAAUAUACAGUCAUGCCAGACUCUACCGUUGUUAAAAUUGAUGCCGCUGUCCCUCUAGAUAAAGCUUGUCUCUUUGGCUGUGGAUUUUCCACUGGUUAUGGGGCUGCGCUCAACACAGCCCAGGUCAUGCCUGGUUCUACCUGUGCCGUCUUUGGUUUGGGAGGAGUCGGCCUUUCUGUAGUCAUGGGAUGCAAAGCAGCCGGAGCUUCUCGGAUCAUUGGCGUUGACAUUAACAAGGAAAAAUUUGUGAAGGCGAAAGAACUGGGAGCCACAGAGUGUCUUAACCCUCAGGAUCAUGAGAAGCCUAUUCAGGAAGUGCUGGUUGAAAUGACAGGCCAUGGUGUCGAUUAUGCAUUUGAAGCUGUUGGGUGUUUGGAUACAUUGCCAGGAUGGAAGAUGAAAGAUUCUAUCCCUCAAUUGGUGACCAGUUACAUGGAGAAGAAAUUUAAUCUAGAUGCUUUGAUAACACACACUUUGCCAUUCAGCAAGAUCACUGAAGGGUUUGAUUUGCUUCAUGCUGGAAAGAGUAUUCGUAUUGUUCUGGUUUUCUAAGUUCCUGACUUAAUGAAGCUCCUCUGUCUGGAUCUUUUCAUGGAGAUUUCACUCUUUCGAGUCAUUUGGGUUUUUUGGGGAAAAUACUGUAUAAACUAUGCGGCUAGAUGAUCCAUCUUUCUUUUCUUAUAUCAAUUGUUAUUGUUGAGAAAAUACAAUAAACAGCAUCAUUCACAACGUGGAGACCUCCUUGUACUUAACUCCAGAUGCUUAGAAAUUCUAAAGUACACUUUUGGUUCUUAAUUAUGUGGAAAGGACGUAGCCCACAAUGCCAGAAAAUCUGUAGGGUGUCCAACUUCAGUGUCUUUACCUUAUACUGUGACUAAGGUAUGUUUUCUGUAAAAUGUCACAUUGUACAUCAUUUGAGGAAGAGAACAUGGAUGAGGUGGCUUUUUUUGUUUUGUUUUAGUACAUA